AUGGUCUUCUCACUCCGCAAGGUCUUCGCGGCCCUGCUCGCCACAACUGCCACAGUCUACGCGCUCCCAUCAGACUCCUCGUCAACAGGGUCGACCGUCAGCACCACAUCUUCAAAUGCGACAGUCUGCAACAACUCCCCGUCCCUCUGCAGCCGCAAGUACAACAACAUCACCCACAUGGGCGCCCAUGACAGCGCCUUCCUGCGCGACGCCAGCACCUCAAAUUCUAUCGCCGGCAACCAGUAUUACAACGCCACCGUCGCCCUCAACUCGGGCCUGCGCCUGCUCCAGGCCCAGGUCCACGUCGUCAACGACACCUCGGGCAGCGUCCUCCGGCUCUGCCACACCACCUGUAGCUUGCUCGACGCCGGAACCCUCGAGAACUGGCUCUCCGCUGUCAAGGACUGGAUGGACAAGCACACCGACGACGUCGUCACCAUCCUCCUCGUCAACUCGGACAACCAGGCCGCCUCGGCCUUUGGCAGCGUCUUUGAGUCCUCGGGCAUUUCCAAAUAUGGCUACAAGCCCUCCACCUCCUCCGCGACCUCCAGCUGGCCCACCCUCCAGACCAUGAUCGACGCAGACACCCGCCUCGUCACUUUUGUCGCCUCCAUCACCGCCGACACAAACUACCCCUACCUCCUCCCGGAAUUCGCCUACGUCUUCGAGACGGCCUACGAGAUCACCUCCGCCGCCGGCUUCAACUGCACAAUCAACCGGCCCUCAACCUACUCCACCGCCGUUGCCGCCGUCUCGGCAAACAUGCUACCCCUCAUGAACCACUUCCAGUACCAGACCUUGGCCACAGACAUCCUGAUCCCGGACGUCAGCGACAUCGCGACGACAAACUCGCCCUCCACCAGCACGGCGGGCAACCUCGGCCUCCACGCGCAGACGUGCAAGAGCCAGUGGGGUAUGAAACCCGUCUUCGUCCUCGUCGACUUCUUCAACAAGGGUCCCGCCAUCGACACCGCCGAUAACCUCAACGGCCUGUCCUCGUCCGACAUCUCGGGCCGCAGCAGCAGCAACAGUGCCACCGCGAGCUCCAGCAGCGGUAAAUCCAUCGGCAGAGCGCCCGGCGGCAUGGAGACUGGGGCGCUUGUCGCAUUCCUCGCUGCCGCGGUGUUCUUGUUUUAA